UUAUAAGCUAAGUACCUCUAUGGAAAAGGAAUACUAGAAUGGCUUCAAAAAGAAGGAAAGAGUUUUGGAAGGCCAUGUUGAUUUAAGUGGUUUUCGUGAAUAAUGUUUGAUCAAUAUAGGACGAUUUGAUGGAUAUUUAAUGGCGUGUCCCCGGCUCUUGGCGCUGCUGGCGGCCCUGCUUAGCCACGCGGCGCUGGGCGCCAACUGGGUGCGGGACUGCGACGAGACGGCCUGCUCGCGCUUCGUGUGCGGCGAGGCGACGCGCUGCGUGCGAGGCUACCGCGCCGACGACGCGCCCUUGGCGUGCGCCUGCUACCCGCGCGUCGACUGCGGCAGCUGCCAGGACGUCUGCGGCGCCAACGCCUCCUGCGUCUGCACCGGCAUGAACUGCAUGCCGGGCCUCAUGGACUGCCCCGACGCCAGCUGCGUCGUCGACACUUUUACCUCCGCCCCCGAGGCCUCGACGUCUCCCGCCGCCGAGUAGCGUCCACUGCCUCGCCUUGGCUCUGCAUUCUCAUCGUCAAUACAACAUGGACACCCACGUCCCUAGCCGCUUUGCCACUGCCCGCCACAGCUUCUUCGACUGGUGUCACAUCUUCCACUCCGACGUCAUUUGCCUCGUCACCGUAGAUUAUUGUCGCCUGCACUACCUCUUCGCUCUACAUUCUCAUAUUCCAUACAACAUACACAUCCACGUCACUCAAGUUUCUCAGCAUCUGCAUGACAUAUCUCUAGCCUCUUUGCCACUGCCUGCCACAGCUUCUUUGACUGGUGUCACAUCUUUUACUCCAACUUAAUUUGCCUCGUCACCGUAGAUUAUUGUCGCCUGCAUUACCUCUUCGCUCUACAUUCUCAUCUUCCAUACAACAUACACAUCCACUUCACUCAAUUUUCUCAGCAUCUGCAUGACAUAUCUCUAGCCUCUUUGCCACUGCCCGCCACAGCUUCUUUGACGGGUGUCACAUCUUCCAUUCAUACGUCAUUUGCCUCGUCACUGUAGAUUCUGUGAGCCCCAUGAAUUGAAUAACCUCUUCAAUAUGUAUUCACGUCAUCAAUACAACAUAGACUAGGCUGUCUCUUCACCCAAGUUUCACAUUCAGUUAAACCUCGUUAAAGGGGACCUAUUUAACCUGGACGUCUGGAUAACAUGGACCAGUUUUGAAAAAAAAAAUUAUGCUGUUAGUAAAUGAAGAUUUAUUUUACAGACGAUGAAUCGCUUUCAAACAUUGGUUGUUCAAUAAUUUUGUACCGUCAGUAAAAAAAAAUGGAAAAAACUGCGGCCUUCACUACAAGGUAGUUUUGCUGAUUGACAAUACACCUUCGCAUCCGCAGUGUUGAUGAACCAGUUGUGGGUAUGACCCACGCAGAAGCAGUAGCAAACACAGAUAAAUUGAUGGUUUAUGCCAAGAGUCAAGUUAAAACAUCGCCAAACCAAUCUUUAAAACUAAAGUGGUUGCGAAAUUGUGCUGCUCGUAAGCGGAUCACAAAACUGAGGCAGCUAAACUCACUGCCAUUUUUGCUAUUGACCGACUAGUUUGUACCUAUAUCGUGUUCACUGCAAUUUCAUAUUAUGUGUUUUUAGGUGAAAGAGUGCCGAUCAUAAUUUUUAAACUCCAUUAAAAAUAUUUUUGGUAAGUACAUACAUGUUCUUUUUUUUUUAUCGUUUUUCCUUCAUUCUCUGGAUAACCCGGGUCGACCCUAGUCCCAGUUGACCCGAGUUAACGAGGUUUUACUGUAAUCUGCAUGACAUCAAAAAAUCUCAUCUACCAAGAUAACACCAUCUGAACCCAACGUAUUGGAUUUCCUCGUAUCUCUUCAUUCACAUCAAUGGGAUGACUUGCAAUUGUCCUUUUACCCUAGAUUCAUUCCAUCUGUAAGCAUUGACCUCUU